AUGCAGGAAUGUGUUGAUACUCUCACGGAAAAGUCGAAGGCGGGCAACGAGAUGGUGUCCAACUUGGUGCAGAGCCUCGGCUCCGCUCUAGUGUACCCAGACGCUGGAAAUUUUGACACCAACCGGAAGCUUUGGGACAAUUAUGCAGCGGAGUGGGAACCGGACGCCAGCUGGGUGCAGAAAAUGGCGCAAGGGUCGAAAACGGAGCGUCUGGAGGUGGUUGGCGAUGAGUGGUCUACGCGCGACGAUGUGAUGAGGGUCAUCAACGACUUCAUCCUGCCGAACGUUACAGAGGAGAGCAACGUCGGCGAGAUUGGCUGCGGCGGGGGGCGCGUGACAGUAGAGGUGUUCCGCAAGGCUGGACAGCUGACGUGCUUCGACAUCUCCAAGAACAUGCUGAAGCGCACCAGAGAUGCAGUGGGAGAGGGGGUUUGCGCCGGAGGGGGAAAAGUGAUUUUUGUGCUGCUGAGCCAGCCCCGCCUGCCGGAGAACGCGUCUGAUUCGCUAGACUUCGUGAUCCUGUACGACGUCCUUGUGCACGUGGACCUCCACAUCACCAACAAGUACAUCCGCGAGAUCGCUCGGGUUUUGAAGCCGGGUGGAAAGGCUUUCUUGUCCACUGCGAAUUUCCUCAGCCCAGGUGGCUGGGAUCGGUUCAAUGCUCAGGACAAGUACAGCGUCGGCGGCUUCUACUUCAUGUGCCCCGACAUGGUGCGGCUGAUGCUCGACAAGGCGGGCCUCCGAGUAGUGAGGGAAGGCGACCACGACCCGUCCAACUCGUACUACAACAGGGACUACCUUGUGCUGGUGCAGAAACCGUUGUGACAACACCCCGGCUUCCUGCGCUGCCGGCGAGAUGACACUUGGUCGGCUUUGGAUGGCAUGCAUGGCAGGAGAGAUCAACCUGGCUGGUGGCGGUGAUGAUGUCGCGCUGUGCAUGAACGAAUCGUGCUCUUUCGUUCACCUUGUGAAAUAAAAUAUCACCGGGAGUACUUGGUGCAUGUAUCGUUUCUGGAGGCCCGUGUGUGAGAUGUAGCAUCCGGCUCGUCUAACCCCCCCCCCCC